AUAAAUUAAUCAAAGAGUUCUUCAAAAAAAAAAAAAAAAGAAAAAAAGAAAAAACAAAACUCGCGUCCCCAUAUACUAGCGGGCUACAAUUUUACGAUUACGACACAGCAAAAGGCUCAUAAAUUUGCGUCUCGCAAACGCUAAGAUCUACAACCAAACGGGCAUUUACAAAUUACAGUCACUCUUUGGAGUAGCAAACGGAUUCUCAAAUCCAUAAACAACCAGACUUUGUUGUCGAUCAUUGCUCAAAUCAAUGGCUGAUCCCGAGUUAGAAGCAAUUCGCCAGAGGAGAAUGCAGGAGCUCAUGGCUCAGCGUGGCAUGGGAAAUCAGCAAAGCUCUGAACAACAGAAGGCUCAGGAUGAGGCAAAGAGGGAGGCUGAGGAGCGGAGGCAAUUGAUGCUUAGUCAGAUUCUAUCUGCUGAGGCACGUGAAAGAAUUGCCCGAAUUGCUUUAGUUAAACCUGAGAAAGCAAGGGGUGUUGAAGACGUUAUACUGAGAGCUGCUCAAAUGGGUCAGAUAGUUGAGAAGGUUUCUGAAGAGAAGCUCAUUUCAUUACUGGAACAGAUUAACAACCAAACAACUAAACAGACAAAAGUCACAAUCCAGAGGCGGCGGAGUGUUCUGGAGGAUGAUGAUUAAACUCCUAUGUAACUUAUGCUUUACCAGUGAUGCAGAGCUUUUUUAUUUUUCUUUUCUUUUUUUUUUUUUUGGGUUGCCUAUCAUGGACAAAACCCUGAGGGCUGAGGGUUGACAUAUACUGACUGCAAUUAUAUUCCCUGUGGCUUUGUGAUCUGAAAUCCUUCAUCUAUCUAUAUCAUGUAGUUCUAUGGCUUGAGUAAUAAAUCUGGAUACCUUUCACAGCUA